CCACAAGCCACAGAAGAUCGUUUCUGCUGCCACCAUGAUGGACCAACUGAAGGAGCAGAGCAAGAAGGCGAGCGACAAGCUGGAGGACUUUGCCAAGAAGACGCAACAGGAGAUCGAGAGAACCAGCAAGAAGGCGCAAGAAAGCAUCGACAAAGCCACCAAACAGACCAAAGACAGCAUCAACCGGACCACCAAGCAGAGCAAGGAGCACUCGGAGAGCAGCAGCCUGCUGGACUCGGCCAAGGAGGCCUUCCAUAUCGACAUUAAGCAGGACAAGAAGGACAAGAAAAAGGCCAAGCCGCGUCGUAAGGACUCGAGCGACUCGGACACCGACGAGGAGGAUGGGCUGCUGGACGAUAUCGGCGACGAGUUCGACGAGCUUACGCUCAACCAACGCGCGCUGGGAGCUAUUGGCUGCUACGUGCUCAGCGGACUCUUUACUUUUGCCGCCACGGUGAUGCUGUUCACGGGCGUGCACCACGUGCGCUUCUACGCGCUCUUCUACUCGCUGAGCAACAUGGCCACCUUCUCCAGCCUCAUUUUCAUCAUGGGCCAGGAGCGUCUCAAGAAGCGUAUGCUGUCGCGUAAGCGCAGUGUGACGGGUCGUGCCUGGAUGGGUUCACUGGCACUUACGGUGAUUGUGGCGUUCUUGUGGCCGUCGCACUGGUUCAUCGUCAUCCUGCUGCUGCUCGUGCAGUUCGGGAGCAUGAUCUGGUACAGCCUGUCGUACAUCCCGUUCGGUCGCAAGUUCCUGCACAAAUACAUGGCCAAGAGAGUUAUUCUCGUGGACGCCUUGGACGGCAAGAUCGACGGCAAGUAAGCGGGGUUAACAGUGUGGUAUCCUGCAAUUAU